AUGCCGUGCAUCAUACACUUCCUGCAAGCUGCUCAAUCGUCUCAGGAUCCCAAGGAGAUUGGCACGGCCGAGGAAUCGAAGCGAGUCGACGAUCAGCUGAGUGAGGCGGCUCUCCGCCUCGUCGAACCCACCUAUACAGUCAUCUUGAAUAUGUUCAAGUCACCGCACAUCGCAAAUCCGAAUCUCCUCCACAGGGCAGAAUUGCGCAGCGGAUGCUUUGAUCAGGUGGAAUGUCCAGAGUUGUCUCCAUUCACGCUGCUGUCAGCUUCUCUCGAUCCUGCGCAGUUCCCGCUUGAAGACGGCGAUCCGUCGCCAUUGCAGCUGGAUGCAGGUCUUGAAGUACCUCCUGGCGAGCUGCCGUGGUUGGAUCUGCUGCCGUCUGAGCUGGCGUCACUGGAAUUGCUUCUAUCGUUCGUCGAACAUCUUGCUGGCGCUCUCGUCACUGCCCCCUCUUGUCUUCAAUCUCCUCUACUUUUCUCCAUUCAGAAGCUGAUCAAUUCUAUCAAGGAUGGCGGGUUUGGGCUGAAAACGGCGUGCUUCUGCUUGUCAACUCUUCUUCUUCCACACGUACAGAAAUGGAUCCGACGGAGCGACACGGAAAAGGCUGAAAACGGCCGCAGCGAUGCGAACCUUCGUCAGGCCGUCGUAAUUUUACUCAAAUGCGUCGUCGAUAUCCUCGCUCAUGACCAAGCGUCGUGGCACAGUCGACUUCUGUUGGACAUUUGCCGGAUAGCGACCGACUGUACGUCUCAAACAGGAGAUCUGCCACGGGUUGGCACGGCAUGUCUGCGACAUGUCGCCGCCGUCGCUCCUCAUUUCACGAAUGAACAGUGGACGAUACUCGCCAAAUCCGUCUGGGAUGCCACGUACGAUAUUCUUACUUUUUACAUAGCGCAACGUCUGUCCCGGCCUGUGUCCGGAAUCCGGCACCACUCGCAAACUCUCCUAGAAACCGGUCAAGAUUUUGAUGGGUGGACCUUACAGUUGGGAGGGAGGGGCAGCCAGGUAUCCAGCAGCUGUUGA